AUGAUUAACCCGCAAACAUCUGGUGAAGUUGACCAAGACCCGAAUCUUGAGCCCGAACGCAAAGUGGUUCAUCCUUCCCAGUGGGCGGUGGCAGCACCUUGCACUAGUGAGCAAUUCAAGACCAGAAAACAGCAGAACAAGCCCAAUGCUCGAGAAUGGAACCAUUAUUUGAGCUCGGAGUCUGCCAGUCGGACGGGAUCGACCCUUAAGAAUGCUUUCAAACACCUCAAAACUCCUGGUAUGAUCUCUUUGGGUGGCGGCCUCCCUCUAAGUGAAUACUUCCCAUUUGAGAGUCUAUCCUUGACCAUCUCUACGCCCGAGAAACCGAAGUCUGAGAAGAAUGUGUUGAGCGGUGUGGCUGCACCCCUGCUUGCUUCUAAGUCCGAUAUCGAUCAAGGCCGUAAUAUUUACGACCUUUCUGUGGCCUUGAACUACAGCCAAGGAAGCGGGUCAGCUCAAUUUCUGCGUUGGAUCACAGAGCACACCGAGAUAGUACACGAUCCCCCUUAUGCGGAUUGGCAAUGUACUAUGACGAUCGGCAACACAUCGGCCUUGGACAUGGCUUUGCGAAUGUUUACUCAGCCUGGAGACUAUGUUUUGUCGGAUGAGUACACGUUCGCGAGCGCGAUCGAAACAGCAAAGCCGAUGGGGGUCAAGUUCACAGGCGUGAAAAUGGACAAUGAAGGCAUGCUACCGGACAGCCUCCGGGAGAUACUUGAGGGAUGGGACCCGACAGCGCAUGGAAACAGCCGGAAACCUUUCUUACUAUACUUGAUCCCGACAGGCCAGAACCCGACGGGUGCAACUCAGGGACUAGAACGUCGUCGGAAUAUCUACCACAUUGCUCAAGAACAUGACCUCAUCAUUCUAGAAGACGACCCAUACUACUUCCUGCAGAUGAAUCCUUUCUCAUCCGCAGCAGAAGGAGUUCCAACAAGAACCGGUCCCCAGACACCAGCAGACCUGCUCAAGAAGAUUGUACCGUCAUAUCUUUCCAUGGAUAUCGAUGGGCGAGUGGUUCGCAUGGACUCCUUUAGUAAGGUAGUCAGCCCGGGUGUCCGGUUAGGAUGGCUCACUGCACCGCAACAGCUCGUCGAGCAAUACAAGAACCACGCCGACGUUUCAACACAGGGCCCUGGUGGUCUGAGUCAGCUGGCGCUGUUUAAACUCCUAGACGAGCACUGGGGACAUGGAGGCUAUUUGGCAUGGCUCACGCACAUUCGCCAGGAAUAUACAUAUCGACGAGACUCCAUGAUACAGGCUUGUGAGCGCUAUCUACCCAAGACCAUUACUAGUUGGGAGCCUGCUCAAGCUGGCAUGUUUCAAUGGCUCGCGGUGGAUUGGAGAAAGCACCCUGACGCCAAAACCAAAUCUGCCCUGCAGAUCGAGGAGGAGAUCUGGCUUAAAGCCAUCUCAAACGGAGCACUCGUGGCUUGUGGAAGCUGGUUCCGUGCGGCGACCGACGCCACUUGUGAUGAAGUCUUUUAUAGGACAACUUUUGCGGCGGCAUCUUUAGAACAAAUCGAGGAGGCGGUGAUGCGCCUUGGGGAAGCUCUAAAAACAUGUUUCCAUCUGGGGGACAAGAUCGAGUAA